UAUUAAUAAACAGUCACACUAUAUAUGAAUACGUUAUCUCAUUCAUUAGUCCUACCAUUUUCCUUGCAAUUAUUAUUUCCUCCAAUUUAUUGCAAUUUUCCAUCUCUUUCUCUCUCUAGACCUCUCUCUCUCUAGAUUUCUCUCUCUCUCUCUCACACACACACACACACACACACACGUUCAUAUAUUCUGGAACGGGAAAUAAAAAGCCGAGCUGAAAAAAAGGUGAGCCGUUGAGCAAAAUGAAUUGAAUUGAAUUUGUCAACAAUUUUCAGUAGCUCUCCUUGAUAUUCGGAAGGCACCUUAAUUUAUCUAAGAAAAAAGAAGCCAAAAAAAAAAUUAAUUGAAAAAAAAGAGAUUCCUCCGCACGCACAACCGCCGUGUUACUGUGUGUAGUAGCCCGGCCGUCGGACUUCCGCCUUCACCUCCGACAAUGGCACUUGUUUCGCGCUGCAUUAUUUUUAUCGAAAUUCAUUGAUAAUUAAUCGCAGGCGGCGGAAUUUUCUCUAGGGGAUUGUGGAGAAGGGGAAUUAAGAGGCGGCGGAGGAGGAAUUUAAUUUGAUCGGAAUUCGAUCGGGGAAUUUGAUCGGAAUUGAUCUAAUUAAGAUGACGAGGCAAAUGACGAUGCGGUCGCCGGCGUUGGACAGGCGGCAGUCGCCGCUGCUGGAGAGAUCCGACUACUCGUCGCGCGGCGGGGCGAGGAAUAAGGUGAGGCUGGCGGAGGUGGCCGGGGGGACGGCGGCGGAGUGCGCGGCGGUGUGCUGCUGCUGCCCCUGCGGGCUGGUGAACCUCAUCGUUCUGGCGGUGUACAAGUUGCCGGCGGGGCUGUGCAGGAAGGCGCUGAGAAGGAAGCGCCACCGGAGGCUGCUGAAGAAGGGGCUGCUGCCGCAGCGGAAGUGCGGCUGCGACGAGAAUGAGUUCCAGAUACACCCGGUAACAAGCCCUCUCGCCAUGGUUACUGCUCUGGAAUCUGUCUCCGACGACAGUGAAGUAAUUGAGCUGGAGAAGGAGAUGUGGGAUAAGUUUUACGGCGCCGGUUUCUGGCGGAGCCCCUCCCAAAGAACUGAAGUCUCAGCUCAGUAAAAAAUAAAUUGAAAACAUUUAUAUAUAUUAAUUUACAUUCUAUCACUGCUUAUGUUUUUUAUUUUUACUGUCUAGUAAAAUUGGAUUUUACUAUUGGCCGCGGUAAAAAAGAAAAGAAUUAAUUUUCUUUUUUGCCAAGUAAGUAUAUUUCAAGUUUUUUAAUGUACAGAGGAUGAGAAAAUUAUUGUGCUUUGUUUCGUUUCCUUUUCUUUGAUAAGGAAAAAGUUUUUUAGUGCAAAUAUUUUUUUGA